UUCAGAAGCAUAUUGGCAGACUGCAUACUUAGACAUGUGCUGUGUUAAAAUGCUUAUCUGCAAAACACCAGUAAGAGGGGAAAAAUCUUAUCAGAAAUCAUAAGAAAACCCACCACGCACAGAUCUUCAUCCUUAGUAAGACUGACAGACAACAACUUACUUCUUGGAGAAUACCAGAAAUUCCUACUUCCACUAUUACUUUUCUACCAUUUUCUAAAUAAAAACAGCAUAUGUGGCACUGCUGCAAAUAAACAUAGUCAGCUCUGCUGCUUGUAACAGCAGCACUUACUGCAAUUCAAAAUGUGGUCAAACAACCUUUACGAGAUCUGAGAUCUAUUUAAAUUAUCUGUAUCAUCUGGCAAAUAAACCCCUUUGCAACCAAAAUGCUGCAUAGAGACCAAAAAUAUUUUUAUACAGGUCAGAGGUGCCGGCCUAAUUUACCUAAACUAUGAAAAUGGACAAGAUGUUUCAUCUUGUAACAUUUUCUGGAACAACCCUGUCUCACAGAAGAUCUCGUUUUAGCUUCUACCAUUGUACUUUGGAAAAGCUCUAUUUGCAAACUUGAGUGCUAAGGUUUUUCGUCUUCUAUGCAUUUCCCCAGUGCAGGUCACUGAAACUACCAACGCUGUAGUUUUGCUAAGCCAACGCUACUGCCACUGAAGGCACUCGUAUGGCCUGUGAGACCCUUGUUCCUGGUUCCCUCAGCAGUGCCGGCAUUCACACAGCCACACUAUGAGGCAAAUCAGAGACCUGAUCUUAGGGACAGCUAAGCAGAAGGUGGAGAAUAAACAACCGUAACAACUUGUAAACCAGCCCACAGCUGAACCGAACCGCGACAGGUUCGACACCUCCGAGCACCGCGCUACGCCCCAUAGCCCUCCCCGGCGCGCCUCGCUCCCCAUGCUGCGCUCGCAGGCCUGACCCGCGCCCGCCGGGGAGAGCCGGGCUGGGCAGCACGGCACGGCAGGGAAGCGAAGGGGCGCUCCCAAGGUCACCGGCGGGGCGCACGACGGGGUACCUCAAGCACCCCAGGCUCGCGGGGAGGGUUUUCGGUGGAAGCCGUGGCCUGUCGGGAUGAGUUUUCUGCUGCCUAAACUGACCUGUAAGAGGGAAGUGGAUCAGGCAAUAAAAAGCGUGGCUGAGAAGGUUCUGGUUCUCCGGUUUGGAAGAGAUAACGAUGCCGUCUGUCUACAGCUCGAUGAUAUUCUUGCAAAGACGGCUCAUGACCUAAGUAAAAUGGCAGUGAUUUACCUGGUGGAUGUUAACAAGGUUCCAGUGUACACCCAGUAUUUUGACAUCAGUUAUAUUCCAUCUACUGUAUUUUUCUUCAAUGGACAACACAUGAAGGUUGAUUAUGGGUCUCCAGAUCAUACCAAAUUUGUAGGAAGCUUCAAAACAAAGCAAGACUUUAUAGAUCUGAUUGAAGUGAUUUACCGUGGUGCAAUGCGUGGAAAGCUCAUUGUGAGAAGUCCCAUUGAUCCCAAUAACAUUCCUAAAUAUGACCUUCUCUACCAAGGAAUUUAAUGGGUUAACCUGAGAUAAAGAAUUAUGGAAAUGGUUGAUGUUCUAGAACCCAUUUUUUCUUCAAGCCUGCUUAGCCACCUCUGAUACUGUGGGACAGUUUGAGCAUUUACGUUGAAGGAUCAUAUUGGUCUCGUUCUGAAGACAGACGUUCUGUCACCUCAUACUUCUCUUGUGAAUAAAGCUACAUGUUCAUGCUUAGAACU